UGACGGAUCUGUUUAGAAUAUCUUUUGGUUGGCCAUCGCUGAUUUUGGCAAGUUGCUUGCGAAGACGCCGACGACGCCGCCACCGUUCGCCUUCCUCGCCCCAUUGCCUGUUACUUAGACUAGACUAGAGCCUCUCAAGAUGACGGACUCGAACUCGCGCGACAUCUCACCAGACAAGAAGAAGGAAUGGGAAUCGUCCUCGGACUUUGCCAACUACUUUUGCACGUAUGCCUUUAUCUACCACCAGAAGCAGAUGCUGUCGGACGAUCUGCGCAUGCAGAGCUACCGCGACGCCAUCUUCGAGAACCCCAACCACUUCAAGGACAAGGUUGUGCUCGAUGUGGGUACCGGCAGUGGUAUAUUGUCCAUUUGGGCGGCUCAGGCUGGAGCACGUAAGGUCUACGCCGUGGAAGCCACGGAUAUAGCACAACAGGCGCGCAAGGUGAUUAAGGCGAACAACCAGGACCAUAUUAUCACUGUCAUUCAGUCCAAGAUCGAGGAUGUGGAGCUGCCCGAGAAGGUAGACGUCGUUAUCUCGGAAUGGAUGGGCUACUUCCUACUGCGCGAGUCCAUGUUCGACUCGGUCAUCGUGGCGCGCGACCGGUGGCUCAAGCCCGAGGGUGCCAUGUUCCCCUCCCAUGCUAGUAUGUCCAUCGCCCCCAUGUGCAAUGAGGACAACAGCAACAAGCGCUUCAGCGAGUUCUCCUCGGCAAUGGAUCAAUGGAGAAGCUUCGUUGACAACACUAAGGCUUCGUGGGGCGUUGAUAUGAGCGUGCUAGGGAACGCUUUCCGCAAGGAACAGGAACAGUAUUCGCUGCACACGUCGUCGUGGGAGGAGCUCAAUGCUGGAGACCUCAUCGGUGACGAAGUUGAGUUCGCCAAGUGGGACCUCAAGACGUGCACGCUGGACGACAUCAAGGAGGUCAGGGCUCCCUUUACCAUGCCGAUCUCCAUCAUGUCACGCUUCGGUGGCAUCGCUGGCUGGUUCGAUGUCGAAUUCAAGGGUUGCGCUGAGAACCCAGUUGAGAAGGAGGUAACGCUCACUACGUCGCCCUUCGUGCAGCCCACACACUGGGGCCAGCAGGUCUUCCCGCUCUACCCUCCCAUGCAGGUAUGCGAGGGCGACGUAGUGGUUGGUGACAUCGCCGUUAUGCGUCGCGCCGACAACCAGCGCCUCAUGAACGUCAAGUUCGACUUCCGAAUCCGCCGCCCGGAAGACGACGACGAGAGCAUGUCAGGCCCGCCCAACUCUGCCGUCUUCCAGAUCGAAUAAGCAGCUUCAACUAAUAAAUUUCCUCUGCAUUGAUACACUCAG